AUGGCCACACAGUCGUCGAUUUCGCAACCGCCGGUUCCUCUCGCCGGCCGAGUCGCCAUUGUCACCGGUUCCUCUCGUGGUAUUGGGCGAGCGAUAGCGAUUCACCUCGCUGAACUCGGUGCGAAGAUCGUCGUCAAUUACACCACUAAAUCCGCCGACGCCGAGCGUGUCGCGGCGGAGAUAAACGAUUUACCGGCCAAGGAGGAAAUCACCGGAAAGGGACCAAGAGCGAUUGUGGUUCAGGCCAAUGUCUCCGAGCCAAGCCAGGUGAAAUCGCUGUUCGAUGCGGCGGAGAACGCCUUUGAGUCGCCGGUUCAUAUUCUGGUCAACUCGGCUGGAGUCCUCGAUCCCAAAUACCCUAAGAUCGCAGACACGUCAGUAGAAGAUUUCGAUCGCACUUUCAGUGUCAACACAAAAGGAUCGUUCCUGUGUAGCAAGGAAGCUGCCAAUAGGCUAAAACAAGGAGGAGGUGGUCGGAUCAUACUUCUGACAUCUUCCAUGACCCGAGGCUUAAAGCCGGGAUUCGGUGCCUAUGCAGCAUCAAAAGCAGCUGUAGAAACUAUGGUAAAGAUUCUUGCAAAAGAGCUUAAAGGAACAGGAAUCACUGCAAACUGUGUUGCUCCUGGUCCCAUCGCUACUGAGAUGUUCUUCGAAGGAAAGAGCUCGGAGUUAGUGAAGAAGUUAGCCGCGGAGUGUCCUUUUGGGAGGAUCGGCGAAACCAAAGACGUUGUGCCUCUUGUUGGGUUCUUGGCUAGUGAUGGUGGUGAAUGGAUUAAUGGUCAAAUCAUUCCUGUUAAUGGUGGAUAUGUGUAA